UUUUGUUGAAAAAAAAAGUUGCUCAAAACAACAAAUCAUUGUUCGUUUCGCAUUUCGAGGAUUUUCUUUUCCGGCCAAGCAAAAUGACUACGGAUAUUGCCCGCGAUUUGGAAGCUCCGGGCUUCAGCUUUGAGAAUUGCCGCCGAAACGCGCAGCUCGUCAAGAAUGGCUUCGUGCCGCCGAAGAUGAUCAAAACGGGAACGACGAUCUGUGGGAUCAUCUUCAAGGACGGGGUCAUCCUCGGUGCCGACACCCGGGCCACCGAGGGCCCGAUCGUGGCGGACAAGAACUGCGAGAAGAUUCACUACCUGGCGAAGAACAUGUACUGCUGCGGGGCCGGCACUGCGGCCGACACGGAGAUGACCACACAGAUGAUCGCGUUCGGUGAGGGCCUUUUGCUCGAUCGUUUUUAA